AUGAGGCUAUUCAGAAGCAAGUUGAAAGGCAACUCCCGUGACCCAGUACAAAAUCUCAUCAUAUUCGUCCACGGACUUACUGGCAACCGCGAAAGAACAUGGAUUCAUAGCAACGGCACAUUCUGGCCCCAAGAUCUCCUCGCUAAUGACUUCCCGAGAGCGCGCAUCAUGACUUACGGCUACGACGUGAAUAUAUUUAGAAAUGCGGCAACAUCAGACCUACUUUAUGACUGUGGCCAGUCAUUAAGUUAUUCAAUUGUCAGCCAACGCAUCGACUGUUCGACCAGACCCAUCUUGUUUAUCGCACACAGCCUAGGGGGACUGAUAUGCCAACAAACUCUGAUACUCAGCAAUACCAUAGACGGGCUUUGGCAGAUUGCAUCAGGCUCCAUUGGAAUAAUAUUUAUGGGAACACCUCAUUACGGAUCUUCGCUCGCGUCAUACGUGGAUAAAAUCGCGAAAUGCAUGAAUACGGGGCUUUUCACGGACAGAGAAUUUGACGGUACUUUCUAUCCGGGUUCAAAUGAUUUAUAUCGGGUCGGAAAUGAAUUUCAACUCAUGCUUCACCGCGGCGAUCUCUGUCUCAGGGUCUUUUGUUUCUAUGAGGCCUUCGAGAUGAGUGAUGAGGUCGGCAAGAUUGUGGAAGAACAUUCCGCAGUUCUCAGAGGAUAUGAGAACUGCAGCGUUGACACAAAUCACGCCAACAUGACAAGGUUCCGUGGGCGGACUGACGGGUGUUAUCAUCUCAUUCAGUCGAUCAUAGCGAAAUGGCUUCGAGAUCCCGAGAAUGAAGCAAAGAAAAGAUCUGCCUCUCUCGGGGCUGAUUCCACUCCAUGUCCCCCGUGGCUUCGGCCGCUUGAUACUGAGCCCUUUGCAACGCCGGUCUAUGCGGAGUCGAGCCCAGAGUUCAAUACAUGGUCCCCUGUUUCUGCUCCUCCAAUGGAGGAGAGAUCAUGGGCCACAGACACCAGUCACUUUAACAAAUUCUACAAUACUAGGAGCUCGAUGCAAAAGUAA